AGUGACGGAGGAGUACGUCAGUUCCGUGGCAUUUUAGGGGAGGGCAUUUACCGAGGUCUGAAGCCCACCUCCAGCCCGGACAGAUUUAGUGCAGGAGGAUGUCUGCUGGGAAGAUGGCCAGGAUCAGGGCCUCCCUCUGGGGCUCCUCCCACUAGUGGGGAGGGCAAAAGUAGCCCUCCUCAAACCCUCCCUCCCCCACCAAUGGAGACCAAGCCCCUGACUUGCACCCUGUGCCCCUUUGCCACCCACAGCCAGCAGGAGCUGGAUCAGCACCAGCUCACCCACAGCUUUUACCAGGGCAAGUCCACUCAACUUCCCCUGCCCCUCUCUGUCAAGCAGGAAACUCCUCUCCCAAGCUGGUGGCCCUCAGAGGAGCCCCCAACCCUUCCCCCAGAGCCUGCUGACUAUGGUUGGGAGACCUCCCCCUCCCCCAACCCACCUCGCCCACCCCCUGCUGAGCCAACCAACAAGCUGGGACUCCAGCUAGUUGUGGUGGGGGGAGCAGAGGGGAAGGCUGACCAGAACGGUGGUGGGGGCUCGCCCUCAGGCUCCCGGGCAGCACUACCGCCACCUAUUAUACCCCUUCUCUCCUCCUCGUCCUCGUCCUCUUCCCCAUCUUCCUCCACAGCCUCCUGCCCCCAGACCCGCCAGCACUGGCAGACGAAGCAGUUCCGCUGCGACUUGUGCCCCUUCGUGGCGCGAGGCAAGCAGGAGCUGCGGGUGCACGAGAGGGAGGAGCACCUGCGGGAAGGCAGCGACAUCAUCCAGUGUGCCCGCUGCAGUUACAGCACCAACAAGAUCAGCUCCUGGCGUCAGCAUAAGCUGGUGCACCCCGGGGCACUGGGCUCCACUGGCAGCCGUAUUUACAUGUGCAAGACAUGUGGCUGGAAAACCAAGUACCGCCACUCUCUGGUCAAGCACAUCGCCCUGCACACCGGGAACAAGUCCUUCCAGUGCGAUCAAUGUGGAUUCGCCUGCGCCCGCAAGGAGAACCUCAAGCGGCACAAGCUGACCCACCUCAAGAAGGGUGUUGAUGGCAAGGGGCUGCUACUCAAGUGCGGCUGGUGCGAAUACGCCACGGCCUACAGCAACGCCCUGAGGCGGCAUGCCGUCACACUGCACAACGCGGAUGAGAACUACAUACCGGAGUACCAGUGUGACAUCUGUGACUUCAGGACCACUAAACUCAGCAACUUCUCCAACCACAAGAUCACCCACUUGUACGGGCACAUGAUGGUGCAGGUGAACCAGACAGGACCCCUCAAGUGCAGCCUGUGCCCCUUCGUUAGCGAGCACUGGGAUUGCCUGCAGGAGCACCAGCGCACCCACAAGGAGCUACGUUGUGUGCAAGAGCUGCUGGGAAGCAGCAGCGGUGAUGGAGAGAAUGCCCCCAGGUCCCAGCCCCAGCCCAUUGAGGCAGAGGACCAGCAGAAUGGGGCAGGAGAGUCUCGCCGCCCUAACCGCAUGGUGGCCCUGCGCAACAUCAUCGGCACCAUUGGAGAGCAUGUGAAUGGGGAGGGAAGCCUGGCGCCCGAGGUCCAAGUGGAGGCUCCUGGGACCCCAGGCCCUGCCUGCAGGGCCCGAGGUGGCCGGAGGCGACGCUGGCGGUCAUUGUCAGGGGCACCUCCCUUCGGCUGGGAGGGAGGAUCCCGGCUAAGUCCCAGUCGCCGCUUCCGCUGCCCCCACUGCCGCUUCAGUUGCCCCCGCCGGGAGGGGCUCAGAAGGCACCUGUCAGGGCAUACCGCCCUCCGUACCCCAGCCGGGGAGGGGCAGGAGGCAGGGCUGGGCUCAGAAGUCCCAGGGCAGAACCCCCAGCUGGACAGCUCUCCAGUCCCACAACAAGCCAGCAGUUCCCCUGUGUUGGAGCCACGGCAGGUGAUAAGCCAGGAGCCCCAGCAGACCUGCCCCAUGCCUGGCAGCUGGUUGGAACGCGAACGACUGGCACUGGAGAAGGAGCGGCUGGCGCUGAAGCGGAAGAAGUGGGAAGUGCAACGAGGUGUCCUUGCCCUGCAGGAGCACAAACUGCGUCUGCAGGUGGAGUUGCUGCAGCAACAGUUGAGGUUGACCAAAAACUAGACGCCGACAUGACCUCUAAAGCCACCUUCUUGAGCGCUGGGGCUGGGAUCUUACUCUCUCCUCAGCUCCCUCACUCACACCCAAGAGAACUGGGUACAGUGCAACAAUGGGUGGAAAUUCCAAAUGGGGAGUUACUUGUUUUUUUGUAUAUAGACUGUUUAUUGGGGAGUUGGGGUUGUGGAGAGGGUGGUGGGCUUUGAUCUUGGAGGGGAGUGAGGUGGACCAAUGCACCUCACCUUUCUCUGCCGGGGUGCACUUUAUGUUUAAUGUACCAAGGAUUGAAAUAAAAUGUUGACUGCUGA